AUGACGUCUCAAAGCAGAAUUGUAUUUACUAAAUUGUUGCUGUGUUGCUUGGUGUCUGUAGCUUGUGCGCGAUCAUGGGCGAAUCAUCACGACACUACGACGUCCACUACGCACACCACUCCAACGACCAGUCAAGCGCCGAAAAAUUUUCAUAAUGACCCUCUUAUCGUCGAAACCAAGAGUGGUCUCGUUAAGGGUUAUGCAAAGACUGUGAUGGGUAGCGAAGUACAUAUAUUUACAGGAAUUCCCUUCGCCAAACCCCCAUUAGGACCGUUGAGAUUCAGAAAACCUGUACCGAUCGAACCGUGGCACGGUGUCCUUGAAGCUACGGCUAUGCCGAACAGCUGCUAUCAGGAGAGAUACGAAUACUUUCCCGGCUUUGAAGGCGAAGAAAUGUGGAAUCCAAACACUAAUAUCUCUGAAGACUGUCUAUACUUGAAUAUCUGGGUGCCUCAACAUUUGCGUGUGAGACAUCAUCAGGACAAACCCCUCGCUGAGAGACCUAAAGUGCCAAUUUUAGUCUGGAUCUACGGUGGAGGGUACAUGAGCGGAACGGCUACACUUGACCUCUAUAAAGCGGACAUAAUGGCGGCUUCUAGUGAUGUGAUUGUUGCAUCUAUGCAGUACAGAGUUGGCGCUUUUGGAUUUUUAUAUUUAAACAAAUAUUUUUCACCUGGAAGUGAAGAAGCGCCGGGAAAUAUGGGUCUCUGGGAUCAACAAUUGGCAAUCCGCUGGAUAAAAGACAACGCACGUGCAUUUGGUGGUGAUCCUGAAUUGAUAACGCUCUUUGGUGAAUCAGCGGGAGGUGGUAGUGUUAGUUUACAUAUGUUGUCACCUGAAAUGAAAGGUUUAUUUAAAAGGGGAAUACUUCAGUCAGGAACUCUGAAUGCACCGUGGAGUUGGAUGACUGGUGAAAGAGCGCAGGAAAUUGGAAAAGUUCUAGUCGAUGAUUGCAACUGUAAUAGCAGUCUUUUAGGUGUAGAUCCGAGUCUCGUCAUGGAUUGCAUGCGCGGCGUAGACGCAAAAACUAUAUCCGUUCAACAGUGGAAUUCCUACACCGGAAUAUUAGGCUUUCCAUCUGCACCUACCGUUGAUGGUGUAUUUUUGCCCAAAGAUCCUGAAACAAUGAUGAAAGAAGGCAGUUUCCACAACACAGAAGUAUUACUGGGAAGCAACCAGGACGAAGGUACCUAUUUUUUGCUGUACGAUUUUCUCGAUUAUUUCGAAAAAGAUGGGCCUAGCUUUCUGCAGCGUGAAAAGUUUCUGGAGAUUAUCGAUACAAUUUUCAAGGAGUUCUCCAAAAUCAAGCGGGAAGCGAUUGUUUUCCAAUACACAGACUGGGAGGAAAUCACGGAUGGGUACUUGAAUCAGAAGAUGAUUGCUGACGUUGUUGGUGAUUAUUUCUUCGUCUGUCCGACAAAUUACUUCGCCGAAGUGCUCGCAGACGCUGAGGUUGAUGUCUACUAUUAUUACUUUACACACCGUACAAGCACGAGUCUUUGGGGCGAAUGGAUGGGUGUGAUGCACGGAGAUGAAAUGGAGUACGUGUUUGGUCAUCCAUUGAACAUGUCUCUGCAGUACCACACCAGGGAACGCGAUCUCGCUGCGCAUAUUAUGCAGUCUUUCACCAGAUUUGCACUUACUGGGAAACCUCACAAACCGGAUGAGAAGUGGCCUCUGUACUCGCGGUCGUCGCCCCAUUACUACACCUACACCGCGGACGGCACGAGCGGCCCCGCCGGGCCCCGGGGGCCCCGCGCAUCAGCAUGCGCUUUUUGGAACGAUUUCCUUCAUAAGCUUGAUGAGCUGGAACACGUACCAUGCGACGGCGCAGUGACGGGCCCCUACAGUAGCGUCGCCGGCACCACUCUGCCCAUAGUACUGCUCACCACCUUGGCCACCUCAGCGGCUCUUUAGACCUUUUAGCACAUAUUUACGUAGGUGCAACAGUAUUGUAGAAAAUGUAUCCAAUUUUAAAGAUAAGUUUCACUCUCAACCUGGCAUGUUAUGUUCACUUAUCAAUGCAACAAUAACAAUUAUUGAGGUUAUAGAAUUACCCUCCCGCUAAUAUUUGAUGUUUGUUUCUUUGAUCCUAUUGUAUAAAUAGUUUUAUCGUUUCUUUAAACAGUUCAUUGUGAUAAAUGACUAACCGAGUUUUGAUUUCAGAUUAAUUCCCUAUGGUAUCCGUAUGGGAAGCUAGUUAAAAUAUGUAUAAGUUAAAUUUAUUUAAAAUAAUAUUUAACGUCGUGUUGUAUUUGGAUAUGUUGUUUGGGUGUUGGUAUUAUAGAAAUAAAUUAUAUGUGAGCUUUAAUUGUUAAAGUGACGCUCCGCUUUCACAACAUUUAAUCACUAAACAUAUCAAUGUGUGCCUCUGCUUGAAUAGCAAUUGAUACAUAUCGUAAUUGUAGUGGAUUUUAGAAAUUUUGUAUUAAAAACAUUUUCAUAGAUAUAUAGAAAUAAUGAAAACGAUGUGAGAUGAAUUUUUAUCAAUAUAUUUACAUCUAUUUAGGAUGCUAUCGACUUAUACCAUUCGAAAAUCUUAUGAAUUCCGAUUAUCUUAUGACUUCGACAAAAUAAUAGUGUAUUUUGUAAAUAUUAACUUCUAAUUAGAUCGCCGUAUCGGAUCGAAAACACUUUUCUAUAUUAUCAAUAUUACCAAUGUACACGAAGGUCACACGAAGUACCUACUGUAAGCACUGAUCCUAGGGUAAAAUGUAUUGUGUAACUUUUCUAAGUAUACACAAAACGGCACAUUUCUGCAAGAAUUUAAGUACAUGCUAUUAAUAGAUAGUAGUCUAUUUUGAUUCCCUUUAAUCUAUAAACAGUAAAGCUAUAUAAUAUUUAUAUUCAAUGGGAUUAUUUUAUUAAGUAAGAGCAAUGAUAGAACGUUUCACGGGAUGUAAUUCUAUAAAGACGAGAAUUAACUAUCAAAUCUGACUUUAUAAAAUUGUCUCAUAUAUUUGUGUAGAAAUAAUGCUUUAAGUGGAAAUCAUCUUAUGAAUUUAGUAAAAUUGAACAAAAUAUUUAUAGUAUGAAUCUUUAGCGAUAGAUUAUAAUAUUUUACCUAUGUCAAUUAAUCUUGAAGUUCGGAAAACUAUAAAUGGAACUUGAACCUAUCGUACUUAUAAAAAAUGCAUACAAAUGCUAUAUGCAAUAUAUAUAUUAUUCUAAUUUAUUGAAGGUCUUUUGGGAUCAAAGCCCUGGAUUGGAAAUGUAAUAGCUAUUUUGAUUCAAGUACAGUAUUGAAGGUAAAUGGUCCUCAUAUGUAUUUGUUUCUAUUUAUAAUAUAGUAAUAUCUCUCAUAAUUAAAAUCAUACUUUUUAUUCGACGUUGCCGAAACCAGAUGAGGUUUUCAAUUGUAUCACUUUAUGAUUGAUGGGAAAUACUUUACUAGAAAAUUGUAAUUUUUAUUUUAAUUUGAAAAAUUAAAUCAUUUUACAUAUUUCAAAGUUUAGAAAUAAGAACAUUAUCACUAUUAUACGAGUAUUAUUGAUAAUUUUAAAGUAUGCAUAUAAUUUCGUUCACUUGUAAAUUAUAACCUAUACACAUCAAAUUAAAAUGACAGUAGGUAAAUAAAUAUAUAUGUAUUAAAGUGGUUAUAUUAUAUGCCGAAAACUGUGUUUUUUGGUUGAAAUUGUAUAUUUAUUAGACGAAUAAA